CAUCCAAUCGCAACUCAAUAUUAUCGAGAAGCCAUAAGUGAACUCCUCUUGGAAAUCGGACAAUUUCUUGAAUCACAAGAGCGACAUCAGUCCACUAUGGACGAUGUUAUAGAAGCUCUCACCCUUGAUCGCGCAAAUACGGAUGAAAUGACAAGGAAGAAGUCGUCCGCGAAAAAAGCUAAUGCGGAAGCAAUUGUGGCGGACGCCGGGGAUACUGUACAGGAAUUGAGUGGCAUCGAUGAUUCAUCUCAACUCCAGCAGCAGAUAUCGCAGUUAAGAGAGUACUCAUCGCGACUAGAAACGGAAUACAACGAGAAGUUAGAUGAGUUAAGGAAGGAAAACGAUGAGUUGAGAAAGACUAUCCGAGAUUCCACAUCUCUGCUUCAGGAUCUAUCACCGGCAGGAAACGAUGGCUCACUCUUAACUGAAGAGAAACAAACGGAGGAACUCCUAAACCAAAUCAAUACCUCUAAUGCCGAACUAAUACAGUUGCGAGAAAAUCACAAAGAAGCUCUUGAUCUUAUAUGUUCGUUGAAAGUCGAAGUAUCAGAUUUGAAAGAAAAAGUAUGCGAUCGUGACAGAAUCAUAGAAGAAGCCAAAGGACAUUUGCGCUCUUUGGAGGAAAUUUCAGAACAAGUCGACCGCCGCCUGCUUAUUGAGGCCGUUACACAGACAUCUACACCUGUUUCAAGUUCUGUAGAGGAAAUAACCGUUAAUGCUCAGUCUGAUGAUAAAACUGUCAAUACGGAAGAACAACAACUAGUGGGUGAACUGACCUCGCUGGCUGCAACUGGUCAUGAAAUCGAAGAUCCAGAUGUUCCCGAAACAAGCACAGAAUUGUGUGAUAGAUGUGCUGAUUUGGAGGCUGAGCUCACGCAAGUUCGUACGGCCUACAAUUGCUCUCUUGCUGAAUUGGCAUCCACUCAGAGGGAUAAUGAUGAGUUGACAAAGGCUCAGGAUAUUCUCCAAGAGCAAAACGAAACUCUCCUCGAAAAAAUCGAGCAGUUGAAAAGAAGAAUCAAUGAAAUCGAAGAGACUGAGCGCAAGAGAAUAAUGGAGUACGAGGAACUGUCAAAGAGUUUUGAGGCCGAAAGAUCUAGAAUGAUUCAGGAGAGGGAAGAACUUUGUGAGAAAUUAGAGGAUAGCACACACAAGGCCGACUUUUUGGAAGUUGAUCAGGCUGAAAAGCGGCAAUUAUGUGAGAAUCUGGCGACACAGUGUGAAGAAUUGGAAAGAGAGCUAGAAGAGGAAAAAGAGAGGUACUCGAAAUCAGUAGAACUCAUCAACUCCGAGAUGGAAACGCUGCGGUAUGGUUAUGGCUCUACUCUAGAAAGCCUAGAGAAGGCUAACUUCAGAAUUGACGAAUUGGAGAGCGCUUUAUCCUUUAAGACAAAGGAGCAUCAGACUGCGAACGAUCAGGGUGAGCUUCUAGAGCGAAGAAUUGUCGAGCUUGAAGAGACCGUCAAAUCUACCGAAGAAGAUCUUGAAGCGACUCGAUCUGCAUUCGCUACCCAAAUGGGCGAAAAUCACCGCCUGAAGGCUGAACUUGCUUUGUUGGAACAGAAAAAUAGCGAUACUCGCGAAGAACCGCAUGAUCUUCAAAUGCGCCUGGAUGCAGUCGAGUUAGAACUUAUACAGCGCAAGGAGCAAAUCGAAAUGUUGGAGUCGAAGAAUAAGCAACAAGGCCACAAAAACAUCGAGUUACAAAGCAAGAUCUCAUCAUUAUCGGAACAGAUAUUAACUUUAGAAGUUGCUAUACGGGAUAGUGAGAAUGCCUUGGUUGAUGCGCAGGCGGAAUCAGCUUUGGAAAUUGAGGAGCUGAAGAGCAAGCUAUCAAAGUCGAAUGCUGCAGUUGAUACGCUGUUAGCACAACUAGAAGUAGCAUCGAGGAAUGUGCCUGUGGAAGAAGUGGAAAAGCAGCUGCGCGAUGUGCAAGUUACUGCAGAAAACGCGAAGUUUACCGUCGAUGAGUUGGUCGAGGAGAAUGAACGUCUCUCGAAUGACCUUGCGCAAGUCAAACAGUCGCUGAGUGCUGCUGAGCAAAAGUUGACGAAUUCUAGUAAGGAUAAGGAAAAGAUAGAGGAGAAAAAUCGGAUGCUCCUUACUGAAUUGGAGGCUGUUCGGAAAUCGGAAGACAGUUUGUCAAAGGAACUGUGGACGAUGAAGGAAGAACAGUUAGCUCGUGACUCGAGUAGAGAAGAACUGGAUAGAAAGACCGAGUCCUUAUGUAAUGAAGUGAAUGGUUUGAAGCUCAAGGUCACAGAGAUGGAAGCUCGCGAAUUUGGGUUGAUGAAAGAAUUGACCGCUGCUCGUGAGUCAGAACGAUCGUGGCACGAACAAGAACAAGAAUUGAAAGCAGCACGACUCGAAAAAAACGAGCUUAGACAAAAAUUCACCCACUUGGAGCAAGCAUACAAAGAUCUUCAAGAACGUCUGGCGACGACUGAGUUUGAAUUUCACAAUGCACAAGAACGUGUGUCCACACUGGAGGCGGACUUGGAAGAAAGAGAAACUGUGGCUUCAGAAGCUGAACAGCUUAGAAAGGAGUUGCUAUCGAAGGAGAAAAGAUUAGACGCGUUAAAUGACAGAGUGCACUUGCUAGAAGAGGAGCUACUCGAAGCGAAGAUCAGUUCCGACAAGCUGAAUGAAAGUAUUGAGGAACUUACAAAUGCUGUGACUGACCGUGAUUCAGCGAUUGCAGGUUAUGAAACAGAGCUGGCUGUACUUCGAACUGAGCUUGCCAAGCAUAGAGAACGUGUAAACGUCACACAUGUCCAGUCGUCCGUGGAGCUGAAGCGAUCAGAAGAGACAAUCAGUCACCUCAGAGAUGACAAUGUUCGGUUGGAAAAAGAACUUUUCUUGGCUCACGAGCAGUUGGAGUGCACGAGAUCCGAGUUAGGUGCGAUGCGCCAAUCACUAGAGCAUGGUGAGUCGCUUGCAAUGGCUACCAGAAAUGAAAAUCAACGGCUAGUCGAAGAGCUGCAACGAGCUGUAUUUGAACGAGAACAAACUUUCAUUAUGGCUGGGGAAGGGAGAGAAGCAGCUGCACGUGUGAUAGCACUGGAGAGAAGCAUCGCACAACUGAAAGGUGAACACGAUGAGAAAAUGGAGCAGGUUUUGAGUGACUUGGAAGCUAGUGAGCAACGUGUACAUGCUCUCAGUGAUUCCGCGGAGCAAGCACGUCUUCAAUAUGACGAUGCCGUGAGAAAAAUGGAAUUCUAUCGGGAACGAUUCGAGCUAGCCGCUCAAGAAAUAGAAAGUCUUGCUCGCGCCAAUGAAGAAGUACGACAUCUUGAAGCCGCACUCGAGCAGAAUCGCGCCGAAAAGGCGAAAUUAUACGAGGAAUUGACCAAUUCGCAAUCGUACAUCGAUCGAAUUGUAACCGAGAAAGACGCUCUUCUUGCUCAGCUAACGGCUCUAAAUGGACAGUUGGACGAGAGGACUAAUCGACUGCGUCAAGCUGGAGAGGCAAAGAUGGAUACCACUUUGAGGAUAGUCGAGCUUGAAUCGCAAGUUGCUAGCCUUUUGCGUGAGCGCGAACAGUCAGCUGAGCACAACCCAGAUAUUCCGUCGUCAAGCGGGGUCAAUCAAACACCACCUGUAGAACACGUUGCUGUACAGAUCGAGUCUAUGGAGCAGAGUCAUGCUGAGAUAAGCCAGCUUCGAACGGAUCUACAACGAGCGGAGAGAAGGAUAGCGGAGUUGGAAGAGUUUGAGGAAAUCGUCGGUGAUGACCCGAACUUACUCAAAAGCAGACCUCCACAUUCGUCAGAUCAUUCAGAGAAUGCAGAGUCUGCACACUUCGUCUCUGCUUCUACACCGUUUCCCUCCCUUGUCACACUUCUGUCAAGGCGUUUCGGCAUCUUACGUGGAAAAACAGACGACACAGCAUCAAUUUUCAACUAA